CAAACAUGGCUUCUUCAACUUCUUCUUCUUCUUCAUCAGAAGUCAAGAUAAUCUCUGAAAGCUUCAUCAAACCCAAAACCCUCCCUGAAAAAUCAAAAGAGUCAUACCAUUUAUCACCAUUAGAUCAUCUUAUGCUCUCCUUCAAUUACAUCCAAAAGGGUCUUCUCUUUCUCAGACCAUCUUCUGAUGAUGCAACCAAACCAAAAGACUUCAUGGAGACUUUGCUUCAAAGGCUUAAAGACUCACUAGCAACAACACUUGACCAUUUCUACCCUCUUUCAGGUCGUCUCUCGACUUUGAAAACAGACAAUCCAAGAUCUUACUCGGUGUUUGUGGACUGUAACAACAGUCCUGGAGCUGGAUUCAUCCAUGCCAAAUCGAAUCUAAGUGUUGAAGAUAUUGUUGGGUCUAACUAUGUUCCUUUGGUUGUUCAAUGUUUCUUUGAUCAUCACAAAGCAGUUAAUGUCAAUGGUCAGAACAUGAGUCUCUUAUCAGUCAAGGUAACAGAACUAGUGGAUGGAGUGUUCAUAGGAUUGUCUAUGAAUCAUUCAGUUGGAGAUGGACGUUCUUUCUGGAACUUCUUCAACUCUUUCUCCGUCAUCUUCAACUCACAAGAAGAAGAUUUGUUCUGUCUCAAGAAUCCUCCAAUCUUUCGUGAAGUGUCUGGUCCUCUUUGCAGGCUUCCUUACAAUCCACUUAAUAAGUCCCUUAGGAGUCAUUCCGAAUCUCCGGUUUUGAAAGAGAGAAUGUUUCAUUUCUCAUCAGAGACAGUGAGAUCACUCAAAUCAAAGGCCAAUCAAGAUUGCAGAACAACAACAACAAUGAUCUCUUCUUUGCAGUCAUUAACCGCAGUUUUAUGGAGAAGCGUUACAAGAGCAAGGAGAUUACCAAACGAUCAAGAAACCACUUGCAGGUUUGCUGCAGACAAUAGAUCAAGAAUGGAUCCACCAUUGCCGACGAAUCACUUCGGGGAUCACGUCUCUGCUGCGAUUACCACUGCCAAGACUAGUGAUCUAUUGGAGAAUAGGUUAGGAUGGGCUGCUUUAAAGCUCCAUCAAGCUGUAACCGAGCACACUAGCGAGAAGAUCGCUUCCGAACUUGAACAGUGGUUGAAGUCUCAACCGGGGACACCAUUUUACAUUAAUCCGAACGUUGUUCAUGUUCGAAGUUCACCGAGGUUUGACAAGUACGGAUGCCAGUUUGGGAUGGGGAAAGCUGUUGCGGUUAGAAGCGGUUAUAACAGUAAGUAUGAUGGGAAGGUAGCAGCUUACCCUGGGAGAGAAGGGGGAGGAAGCAUAGAUUUAGAAGUCUGUCUUUUGCCAGAGUUUUUGGAAGCUUUGGAAACAGAUCAGGAGUUCAUGUCUCUUGUCUCUUCUUCUUCUUCUUGA